GAUCGAAGCGACCUCUCUCAUUUGCUUGUAAAGGAAAGAAAAAACCCUAACGCUGAGAGAGAGGGAGAGCGAGGAGCGAGAGAGAGGGAGAGCGAGCGAGGAAAACGAAGACGAAGAAGAAGAAAUAAGAAGAAGCUCUCAGCUGAUCCGAAGCUCACUUUAUCCGAUACCGUGAUAAUGAUUCACCCUCUUACAAGACAUUGAUUAUGGAUCCUGAAGGUGCAAAAUUUGGAAGAGGGCCAAGAGAACUAACUGGUGCAGUAGAUCUCAUAAAUCAUUACAAGUUGGUGGCUCACCAUGAGUUUUUCUGCAAGAGGUCACUUCCUUUGUCAAUUUCCGACACACACUAUCUUCACAAUGUGGUGGGGGACACAGAGAUCAGAAAAGGAGAUGGAAUGCAACUGGAUCAACUUAUUCAGAACACCUCCUAUUCCAGAGAUACGAAUGUGCGUAUACAACCUUUUGACCUAGAUGUUCUCAGGGAGGCAUUCCAACUAAGGGAAACUGCUCCAAUUGAUCUGCCUCCUGCAGAGAAGGGGAUUCCAACAAUUGCUGGAAAAUCAAAAAGUGAGUCAAAAGACAAGGAGAGGAAGCAUAAAAAGCACAAGGAUAGAGACAAAGAGAAGGAUAAAGAGCAUAAGAAGCACAAGCACCGCCAUAAUCGAAGUAAAGAGAAGGACAAGGAGAAAAAGGAUAGAAGUGGGCAGCAUGAUUCUGCUGCUGAUCACUCAAAGAAACACCAUGAGAAGAAAAGGAAGCAUGAUGGGGAGGAAGAUGUUAAUGACAUUCAGAGACACAAGAAAAGUAAGCAUAAGAGCUCAAAAAUUGACGAACUGGGUGCAAUAAAGGUAGCUGGCUGAAAAGCUGGCAUGUAUUCUAGUUUAUUCAUUGUCUUCAGAUGGUUUUCAUUGAGAAUUUGGUGGAAUCUCGCUUACUGUUGCCAAAUUGCUUGAGAAUAGUGUCUGAAGUAAAGGUUGUUGAAAAGGUGAAUUCACCUGUUGAAGAAUAUUUGGAUGCUUGAGGUACAAAUUGCUGAAAAUGAACUUCUUUGUAUCAUAACAAGGCUCUGAUAUAAUUUGCAGUAACAUACAGAACUCUGAUCUAUUUCUUUUUCUCAGUUAUUGUGGCGCAUUGGAUAUCUCAGCACUUACCCAUAAUUGUAAUCCUUUCAUUUUAGAAGUCCACAGCUAAGUUUAUAAUCAGUCUGAAUUAGAGUCUGCAGCUAUGAUUUGUAGGAGAAAUAUGUUAGGAAAGGGGGUGUGUCUAUAUUGGUUUUCUUUUUGGUUUGAUCGUACUAAAAACUAACUUUGUCUUAUCAUCCAAAAAGGGAAGCUAGUCUGUAAGGGUUAGGUUAUGUGCAUCUGCACAAGAACCCCCCCAAUUAAUUAUGGUGAGACAUUCUUUGUAAAUAUAAAACAAAAGCCAUGAUUGGGUCGA